AUGAUGAAUUUCUUCAGAAGAGGCUCCGGCGACUCACCCCAAUCGGCGACUCCGUCGCCGGAACCGCCACUUCCACGGCAGCAAGCAGUCACCGUCUCCACUGCCGGUCCGGCAAGGCCGAUCCGCCUCGUCUACUGCGAUGAGAAAGGAAAGUUCCAGAUGGAUCCGGAGGCCGUCGCUAUUCUUCAGCUCGUAAAAGAGCCCAUCGGCGUCGUCUCCGUCUGUGGUCGGGCUCGCCAGGGCAAGAGCUUCAUAUUGAAUCAGCUUCUUGGGAGGAGUAGUGGAUUUCAGGUGGCGUCAACGCAUCGGCCAUGUACCAAAGGGCUUUGGUUGUGGAGUGCUCCCUUAAGGAGAACUGCUCUUGAUGGAACUGAAUACAAUCUUUUACUGUUAGAUAGUGAAGGAAUUGAUGCAUAUGAUCAAACGGGAACGUAUAGCACACAAAUAUUCUCUUUAGCUGUCCUUUUGUCAAGCCUUUUUAUAUACAACCAGAUGGGUGGUAUUGACGAAGCUGCUCUUGAUCGCCUCUCUCUUGUUACUGAAAUGACUAAGCACAUUCGUGUUAGAGCCUCUGGGGGAAGGAGCACAGCUUCUGAGCUCGGGCAGUUCUCCCCGAUCUUUGUCUGGCUUCUUAGGGACUUUUAUUUGGACUUGGCAGAGGAUAACAGGAAGAUAACACCUCGUGACUACCUAGAGCUUGCUUUAAGGCCAGUUCAAAGUGGUGGAAGAGAUGUAACUGCUAAAAAUGAGAUUCGGGACUCCAUUCAAGUUCUUUUUCCAGACAGAGAAUGCUUCACUCUUGUGCGCCCUUUGAGCAACGAAAAUGAUCUCCAGCGUCUUGACCAAAUCCCACUGGACAAGUUAAGGCCAGAAUUCAGAUCUGGUCUUGAUGCUUUGACAAGGUUUGUUUUUGAGAGGACUAAGCCCAAGCAAGUGGGGACUACAGUAAUGACAGGACCCAUUCUUGCUCGUAUUACUCAAUCCUUCCUAGAUGCUCUUAAUAAUGGUGCUGUGCCCACAAUAAGCUCCUCAUGGCAGAGUGUUGAAGAAGCGGAGUGUCAGAGAGCAUACGAUCUAGCAGCUGAAGUUUAUAUGUCUUCUUUUGACCGUUCCAAGCCUCCAGAAGAAGCUGCACUGAGAGAAGCCCAUGAAGAAGCAGUUCAAAAGUCAUUGGCUGCAUUUAAUGCUACAGCUGUAGGGGCAGGUUCAACCAGGCAGAAAUAUGAAAAGCGCCUCCAGAAUUUCUUAAGAAAGGCAUUUGAGGAUUAUAAGAGGGACGCAUUUAGGGAGGCUUACCUACAAUGCUUAAAUGUCAUACAGAGCAUGGAAAAGGAACUGAGAACUGCUUGUCAUGCUUCCGAUGCAAAGCUAGAUAAUGUCCUGAAGGUUCUUGAUAAUCUUAUAUCCAAGUAUGAAGCAUCAUCCCAUGGUCCAGAAAAAUGGCAUAAACUGGCAGUGUUCUUGCGACAAAGUUUGGAAGGUCCAGUCUUUGACCUCAUCAAGAAGCAAAUAGACCAAGUGGGUACUGAGAAAAGUUCCCUCAUGUUGAAAUGCCGCUCAAUGGAAGAUAAGAUGUUGUUGCUUAACAAGCAACUAGACGCUAGUGAGAGGUACAAAUCUGAAUAUCUGAAGCGUUAUGAAGAUGCUAUUAACGACAAGAAGAAGCUUGCGGAUGAUUAUAUGAACCGCAUAACAAAUUUGCAGAGCAAAUGUAGCUCAUUGGAAGAGAGAUCUUCCAGCUUAUCAAAAAUACUGGAUUCUGCCAGGCAGGACUCCUUGGAGUGGAAAAGAAAAUAUGAACAGGUUUCAUCGAAGCAAAAGGCUGAGGAAGAACAGGUAACUGCAGAAAUAGCAAUUCUCAGAUCGAGGAGCAGUGCUGCUGAAGCAAGGCUGGCUGCUGCUCGGGAGCAAACUCAGUCUGCUCAAGAGGAGGCAGAGGAGUGGAAACGGAAGUUUGACAUUGCUGUUCGAGAAGCGAAAAAUGCUCUUGAGAAGGCAGCAACUGUUCAAGAACGCACAAACAAGCAAACGCAACUGAGAGAAGAUGCUUUGAGAGCAGAAUUUUCUGGUACAUUGGCUGAUAAGGAAGAGGAAAUGAAGGCUAAGGUGGCAAAAAUUGAACAAGCUGAGCAGCGGCUGACUACUUUGAAUUCGGAGUUGAAGGCUGCUGAGUCUAAGAUAAAGAACUAUUAUCUGGAGAUAUCAAGCUUAAAGCUUGAGAUUAAGGAGUUGGGUGGGAGGUUAGAAAGUGUAAGCACUACUGCACGAUCAUUUGAAAGAGAAGCUAGGACUCUAGAACAGGAAAAAGAUCUUCUGGAGCAGAAGUACCAAUCUGAGUUUAACAGAUUUGGAGAAGUCCAUGAAAGGUGUAAAAUUGCCGAAAAAGAAGCUAAAAGAGCAACUGAAUUGGCUGACAAAGCACGAGCAGAAGCAGUCACUGCCCAGAGAGACAAGAGUGAGUUUGAGCGAAUAGCGAUGGAAAGAUUGGCCCAAAUUGAGAGAGCUGAGAGGCUUGUUGAAAAUCUGGAGAGGCAAAAAACUGAUUUGGCGGAUGAAGUAGAAAGGUACCGUGCAUCCCAGAUGGAUGCCCUAUCCAAAGUUGCAAUGCUGGAGGCAAGGGUUGAAGAAAGGGAAAAAGAAAUUGAGUCACUAUUGGAAUCGAAUAAUGAACAGAGGGCUGAUACAGUUCAAGUCCUUGAGAGUCUUUUGGAGACCGAGCGUACAGCACGUGCAGAGGCAAACAACAGAGCAGAAGCACUCUCUGUUCAGCUACAAGCCACACAAGGAAAACUUGAUUUACUCCAGCAACAGAUGACUGCAGUUCGCCUCAACGAAACAGCAUUGGACAGUAAGCUCAAAACUGUUUCGCAUGGGAAACGUGCAAGGGCAGAUGAAUAUGAAAUAGGUGUGGAAUCUGUUCAUGAUAUGGACACUAAUGACCGAAUAACCAGAGGAAAUAAGAAGUCCAAAAGUACAACUAGCCCUUUGAAGUUCACAACACCAGAAGAUGGUGGCUCAGUGUUUAAGGGUGAUGAAGACAACCACAGCCAACAAACCAAUUCAGAAGAUUAUUCAAGGUUCACAGUGCAGAAACUUAAGCAAGAGCUCACAAAACAUAAUUUUGGCUCUGAGCUGCUCCAGUUGAAGAAUCCCAAUAAGAAAGACAUCCUUGCUCUCUACGAGAAAUGUGUUCUCCAGAAAUCAUGACUUUUUAUGUGAAUUAGUUCAAGAAGGAUGCCUUUAAUCAGCUGAGAAUAGAGUGAUAGACAGCUUUGGUCACCUAUGUGUGAGUAAUAGAAGCCACAAAGUCGAUCCUCAAAAGUCUUCAUCAAUGUUGGUACAGAGCCUGAGAUUUCUUCUGUAUCGGCAGAGGUUUUUAUUCAUAUUGGAUGCCAUCGGCUUCAUUAUUCAGUUAGCUAUUGUUAUUUCAUUUUUCUCUUCUUUGGUUUGCUUUUAUGGUCAUUUGAGGCUGUC